AGGAAUUAAAACGUUGGUGUUUAUAUUACAUUGUACUUCGUAAAACAAUUGAUUUGUAACAAAAACGGAUACAAAUUAAUCCCGGGUGCAUUAAAAUGGGUAGAAAGAAGAGGAAGAACCUAUGUGCUGGUUAAAGCGAACUGCGUUUUAUUCGCUCAAGUUUCCACGGAAUGAGUGUUUUUCUCGGGAAGCGCCCGCGGGCGGCCGUGCGGGUGGCGGCCGGAGCCCCAGGCCAGGGCCGCCUCUCCCUCUCCCGGCCGCGGAGCCGGCGGGCUGCGCUCUUUGUUGUGCUUGUGGGUGUUGUACCGGGCUCCAUCGCCGGCCGUGCGGCUCCGCCGAGUGUCCUGCGCUCGAUGGCGGCGCUGUUGCAGCCCUGGCGCGACGCUUUUAAAGGGCCCGGCGCCUCCUCGGGGGCUGACCUCGGCCGACGCAUCCAGAAACACGGUUUCGGCUCCCGAUCACUUUGACGGCACCCCAGUGGGUUCUCUGGCGUGCGUGGCGUGUCUGUGUUGUGCUUUCGGCUGGUACUUGUGCUCGGGUGCAAGGGGGCGGUGGGCACAGCUCCUGCCCCGGGGGCUCCGUCAGUCCCACGGCCGGCCGGGUCGGUUCAGCGCAGCGCUGGGACGCGGACACCCAGCUUGUUAAAUUAGCAGCUCCGUCCCGCCUCUGAAGCAGGUACGACAUGGUCUUUGGCAAAAUGAGGGCUGCAGCCUGCAGAGUGAGAAUUGAGUUCUGCCAGCAGUUUCAAGGGUGCCUAGCGUGCUACUGCCUUACUAACCCCAGUGAGUUUUUUUGCGAGGUGUCUGAAAUAAACCAUGGAUAGGGUGAGGAUGCCUUCACACUUGGAGCUCAUCUUGGGCGGCCUCUGUCAGGCACCACAUGGACGUUUGAUGCAGGGACAGUGAGACUAUCCCCUCUCUUGCAUGUCCCCCUAGGCACUGUACACAAAUUAGGAGUAGGAGAGAAAUGCCCUUCUGGGCCUCUCUGAGCACUGGUCAACAGAACUUGCUCAGGCUGAGAUGCACAGGGUGAGGUGCUAGAAAUUAAUUAAUUUUUAACAAAGUGAGUAAAUCUGUGGGACAGCUUUUAAGAGACCCUAAAGAGUGUUCUGAUCGAAUCCUAUAAAUGAGUUCUUACUGUUUCUCCUUUCUUGUCUCAAUCUGGUGAAGUUUAUUUUGCUUGAUCAGAAAUGUCCCGUGCCUGGAGCUGGGGCUCCUGUGCUGCAGCUGCAGUACAUCUGGCUCGGCUCUGCACUCUUACCACAACACAGGAAGCUGCAGAAAUCUCUUGAAGAUGUUAUUUCAUUUCCUCUCUGCCCGACCGAGCAGUAAGAUGACAGAAAUGACUAAGACAAGUGAAAGAAACAAAGGGAGAGAACAGAGAACUAGUCUGCCCUGUUUCCUAUGCUACAAGCCUGUUGUUUAUCACUGUGCACACACACAAUGUUUGUACAUUUUAAAAAGUAAGCAGAUAGGUUAUAUUUGGAAUAACAAGGUAGCAAGAUCAAGUGGUAGGUUCUCCUAAGAAUGUCAGGUGCUCAGUGUUUGUUAUUUGAGUUUAAUUAAAAAUUCAGAACUGAGUUGAUUAGGAAUCUGUAUAAAUAGCCAUUUGGAAACACAUGAUUUUAGUCUACUGAAGAUCAGUGAAAGAUAUGACCCUACCCUGCCUGAGUAAUUGAGAUCAUCUGUUUGCUACUGUUUUGACUGAAGGCAUUCUGUGUGUGAGAGAUUGUAAGCUGUAUUUGCUUAAGUAAUCCAUAGACUAGUGUACAUAAACCAGGAACUGGCUGUGUGAUGGACAGGCCAUGUACUGGAAGGCAUAAGAUCACCCCACUGUUAAGCAUCAUUACAUCCGUCUGAUCCUUCUGUUUAACUGACUGCAGUGGCCAGCCACUUCCAGGAAAUAAGUAUGUACUGUACUUUAGCUAAAUGACCGUAACCCUCUAUCUUCAUGAAAAAUCUCUUCAUGUACGAAGGCUGUUGAUAGGCAAAAUGGUGACCGUCUUUAAUGGUGCUGAAGUGUUUUCUUCAACUGUGUGCGGAGACGUUGUGGUGAGCUUACUGAUAUAUUUUUCAAGGCAGCUCGGGGGAUGUGUAAGUGUGAUGCAGGAAGAAAUCGUCCGUAGCAAAAUAAUACUUUUCAAUUGCUGCACAAUGAGGAAGACUGAAAGCAGGCAUGUAAGCAGGACAUGGGGGUUAACACCCUUACUCUUAUGAGCAGUGCCACGGGAUCUUUAAUAACCAAAUAGUUAAGACUUCAAUUUUACAUUUUCUCCAAAGGAUAGCCACCCUACACACUAGUCUUCCCAGUUAUCAUACGAGGCCAUGGGUUUGGAAAUUCUAGCCCAGAGGGAAGUGCGUCACCUUCAGACCUGCCACUAGCACUUUCAGCAGCUGCCUGGUUUUUCUUGGAGGCCUCCCAGCCCAUUGCUAACCAGAUCGAGCCUUGCUUAGCUUCUGAGAUCAGGCCAGAUCAGGCUACAAGUGUUGCUGUAGAACAACUGAGAGACCCAAGUCGCCUUCAGCAGAAGACCACAGUGACCAGCCAGCAGGAAGAGUGGCAGGACCUUCCACAACAGGUGUCCCGAAGCUGAGCAGACCAAAAGGACAGUAUGGCCGCCACAGCAGCUGUUAGUCCCAGUGAGUACCUGCAGCCCUCUACCACCUCAGCACAGCCGGACUCCCAGCCCUCUCCCUUGGCCCUCCUGGCAGCCACCUGCAGCAAGAUCGGCCCGCCUGCCGCCCAGGCCCCGGUGAGCACCGCCCCUGCCCAGCCUGCCACACGCAGGCUGCAGCCCAUCAAGCCUGCGCCCAUCGCUCCUGCGCCUCCCAAGAACAUUGGCUUCCUUUCGGCCAAGGGCAACAUCAUCCAGCUGCCAGCUGGGCUGGGCUCCUCGAAUCCGGGCACUCCACUGCUGCUCACCAUCCAGAACCCGGCCGUGGUCAACAAGGUGGGCCGGCCCAGUGCUAACAUCCAGUACCAGGUGGUGCCGCAGCUUUCUGGGAGUGCUGGGCAGACCAUCCAGGUGGCUGGAAUGCCUCAGAGCGGGCACAGCCAGAUCCAGAUCAUCCCAGGAACCAACCAGGCCAUCAUCACCACGCAGCCUGCCCCUGCCACUCCCGCUGCACCGCAGAAGGCGGUGGCCAUCAAGCCCUCUCAGAAGAGGCAGAACAGCACUGCCAACAUCGUCCGCCUGCCGGGCGGGCUGACGCUACCGCUCAACGUGACAGCGGCAGAGGCCGCGACGCAGAUCGUGGCCGAACCUGAGCCCGUGUGUCCCGCGAAAUUGAUACGCAGAUCCCGGAAGAAGCUGGCAGCUGCAGCAGCACCCCAACACCAGCCCCCCCCACCCUCCGUUGCUGUAGCUGAACAGGUGGAAACCCUGCUUAUAGAGACCACUGCAGACAACAUCAUCCAGGCAGGCAAUAACCUGCUGAUCGUGCAGAGUCCGGGCUCAGGCCAGCCGGCUGUGGUGCAGCAGGUCCAGCUGGUGCAGCCGAAGACUGAGCAGCCACAGGUGGUCCAGAUCCCACCGCAGGCGCUGAAGGUGGUGCAGGCUGCCUCUGCCACGCUCCCCCCUGUCCCACAGAGACAACCCACCCCGAGUGUGCAGGUCACCCCAGCUGAACCCACACAGGUGCUAAUCAAGACCGCGUCAGGGGAGUGGCAGGCAGUCCAGUUACAGGAGACCGCACUCACCCCAGCAGCAGCCUCCUCGAGUGCUGGGGGGUGUGUGUCAGCCAGCCUGCCCUCAGCGGGUGGCAAGAAGGGGGCGACUGCAGGACGUAAGGAGAGGACACUACCCAAAAUAGCCCCAGCAGGGGGGCUGAUCACCCUCAACACAGCCCAGCUCUCCUCUGCAACGCAGGCAGUGCAAACCAUCAAUAUCAACGGGGUGCAGGUGCAGGGCGUUCCUGUCACCAUCACCAACGCAGGCGGCCAGCAGCACCUGACUGUGCAGACGGUCCCGGGAAGCGGGCUGGCGAUCAGUGGGGUGAGCCCGGCGCAGAGCCACCAACUCCAGGUGGAGCACACCCUGGCGCUGGAGAUCCAGGGGCAGCCGGGCGAGAAGAAGCGCCGCAUGGCCUGCACCUGUCCCAACUGCAAGGACGCUGAGAAGAGGCCAGGGGACAUCGGGAAGAAGAAACACAUCUGUCACAUCCCCGGGUGCGAGAAAACCUUCCGGAAGACCUCGCUACUGCGGGCACACGUUCGCUUGCACACGGGAGAACGGCCCUUCGUGUGUAACUGGAUGUUCUGCGGGAAGCGCUUCACACGCAGUGACGAACUUCAGCGGCACGCCAGGACACACACAGGAGACAAGCGUUUUGAAUGUGCACAAUGUCAGAAGCGCUUCAUGCGGAGUGACCAUCUCACUAAGCAUUACAAAACACACAUAAACACCAAGAACUUGUGAAAGUAAUUUUACACGUGUGUAUAUUUAUAUAUCUACGCAUUGAUAUAUACACACAUUUAAAAAACUGAUACUGAACUGGGGGACGUGGCAGGAAGAGGACGAGUUAGUUUGCCUUGUGGACCUUGUCCUGGGAGGGCACCAUGACCCCACACCCACUCAUCCCGGCGCCACAAGAGACCCUAGCACACUUUCUUUCCCUGGGUCUGGAGAUCUUACGUUUGACUUUUUUAUUAAAUCAUUUGGAUGUAUGAACAUGAGUGUGGACAGACUGUGCACUCUGGGACUGUUUCAGUAGCCUUUGUGUCUGUAGCGCCUGAACCCGCAGGGAAACGGGGGUUCAGCUCAGAGAUGGGGCGUUCUUAAAGAAUGCUUUUUAAAUCAGUUCAAAACUGAUAUGUUACACUUAUGAGAUCAAACCCUUUUUUUUCAUCAAAGAAGAGGAAAAGUUGUUUUUAAUGUCCUUUCUGAAGAGGAAGACUUGACACCCCAAAUGUAGAACGGGCCAAAGGCUGAAGGAUGCUGUUUUUAAUCUGUCUUUUGUAAUAUAUAUAUAGGGCGUUAGACUGGAAUGAUGAUGAGCAUUCGGGCUGUUCUGACUGGGUUUUGAAGGAUGAGAAAGCUGUACAGUUUAAUUGAAGUGUAAUGUUGUAAAGCUCAUUCCUUCUUUUUUGAGAAACUGAAAAACAGAACCUUAGAGAAACUUUGUUCAAUAUAUAAAGUUGCCUUAGAUGAAUUGCACCCAGUAUUAAAAGAGAUUGUCUGUUGUGAGGAACUGCUUUUAUAGGUUUAUUUUUUCUCUAACAUGGUAAGAAAGCUUUCUCUGCAGAGUGGAUGUGAAGCCACAGACUUUCUAUUUAACUACUUUCCUCCAGACUGAAUACAAGAAGGGAGUUUCCAGGCAGUUGAAAGGAAAUAUGGGACACUAAGUAUUUGUAAACAUUUUUUCAAUAAGAUGAUUGUCCCUCAGGCCUUCAGAAAUAAGCAUCUGACAUCAAUUACAAUCUUUUGGUGCCAGUUUUCCAGUUCAGUGGGUAUUAUUCUAGGUUUUAUUAAAUGUUUGUCCUUGAACUAUAGUUGUCUCAAGGAAGGGGGUGUCACUGGCCUCUUAAUAAAUAUUAUUCAGACUUAACUCACACCUGUCCUUCUUAAAAUACAUUAAUUUAUUAUAUCUGGGUUUAACUAGUCCUCAAAACAGUGAACACGUCUGCUCUUUCUUGUGCAAUGCUCAGUCAGAAGGAUUUUACUAUAAAAGAAAAGGCUUCAGAUUUCAAUGCAGUCUUUGUUUUCAUCUUGGUUGUGGUUAAAAAAAUAAAACUUGAAUCAUUUAACGCCUCUAUGGGUUCCCACAGUCCCCUUCGCAGUGAGAUGUCUGAGUUGAGUUGUUUCAAUGGUGAUUUCAAUAAAUAUACAACUCAUGCAGCUGUAAAAAGGAAAGGCAGCAGAUGUUCGUCAGCUGCUGUUAAAUGGCUCUAAGAUCUGGUGUUGAGAAUCGCUGGAAUUAAACACUGGGACCAGAUUUAGUUAUGUGCAAGCAAUAAAAGUGGAUUUAAAAUAAAACUUGCCCAGAACUAUUAAAAGUAGUGCAAAUCAACUUGAGCAGAAACAUAAGCACUGAUGGGUGUUGCUUUUUAAAAAUAUUCAGUAUUUUUAAACCUUUUUAAAAAGUUCUGACUUGUAGUGGGAAAAGCUCUCUGAAAGCCUGUUCCUCUGACUAUAACUGCUCUUUUAUUUACUUUAAAUAAAAAUGUACUUUUAUUUGCACUGUAAAGACGCCUGUAUAGACCCAGCAGGGUUCUGUGUGUCCAGUUGUUUGUGAAGAGGGUCAAUAAAAUCAGGGUAGGGUUCAAGUGUCUUCACCAUUCAGGAAGUAAUAUACAUGCCUCCAUUUUCAUGGCUGUAACAGAAAAUACACUUUAUGAAAGAGCUCUAGUUUAAUUCUGGAACAUGCUUAAACUGAUAUGUCUAUUCUAAAUCAACAACUGAUCUCUAUCCCCAUCAUCGGGCUGUUGCAUAAAUACACAAGGAUGGUACUGUAAGGGAAAUUGUUUACCUUUAUUUUUUUCCUUGGAAAUCUACAUUGUGUUUUGAAUUAUUUCGCUGUAUAUAAAAUGCAACUAACUAAACCCUGAACUAUAUAGUCACUGAACUAAUUUUCACUCCUGCAAUUUAUACAACAGGUUGUUAAUUCAUUUUUCAUUGUUCUUUCCUACCAGCCAAUUGAGAAUAGUGUUGCUACCCAAAUAAAACAGCUGCCCGUUUG